AUGGCACACGUCGACAAGAAACCAUUUCCAGAAGAUUCAAAAGUUUCCAUAUUCACUUCAGGUAGAUACAGAACUGGAGUUGAUCACUCGGCCUGGAAUCAUGCAUAUGUUCUUUCAGUCAUUCGUCAUUUGGGAUUACGACCGAACAUUUUCACUGAAGCUGCCAUUGAUUGUGUGAUGUCAAAUGUAACGCAAGUGGUUCGUGACGUCCUCAACACCGCUCUACAUCUCGUAGCGCAAGGCAAACGGAUUAGGCUUGAAGCACGUGACAUUGAGAAUAGCCUCGACAUUCGUGGAACUUUGAGUUGGUGCACCUCUUCUCGUGCUGCAUCGAAUACACAGUUUCGUCUUUCUGAUUCGCUCAGCAAAGCACUUUAUCCCAAUGACUAUUUCAUGGUGGACCUUAGAGCAAUAAUGAACGUAACGCCGCGUCGUAUGCCGUUCAAGCGUCGUAUACGCAAACACUGGCUCGUUAUUGAAGGAGAACAACCAAGGGUCCCUGAAAAUCCUGUUAUUACACCUUCCGGCGCAAAUUCUGGGCAUGAAGGGAUUGGGACCUUACAAUCACCUUCAAACGACUCGCUUAUGGAAGACGGAAAUCGUGCGAUUAGAGCUGGCAAGUUGGAGCAGGCCCUUUCUCGUCCGAUCACUACACAUUCAUUGUCUUUGGAUCAGCAAGUCUUCUUCAGAAAAUGCGUGGAAACUGUCAUUGGUCCCUGUCCCGAAAAGAGAAGGGAAGUUCUUCAUCUCCUGGCCUCGGAUCCCGGCCUUCAAUCGUUAGUUCCCCGUUUCGCAGUGUUACGCUGCAAUAUAGCAGAACAAAAUCUUCCAGUGCUGAGGAAUAUCCUAAGGCUUCUCAAGACCUUGAUCGAUAAUGUUCAACUGCAUGAUAUUAUUCCGGCACUCUGCUCCUGUGUGGUGUGUAAAGAGCUAUGUGCAGAUCCUGAAGACAGACGACAUUUUCGUCUUCGAGAAUUUGCCGCUACAAUUUUGGCUAUGAUUUGCAAGAGAACUCAUCUCGCCGACGUACGUGCUCGUAUCACCACCCUACUUUGCCGAGUUUUCACCGAUUCGCGGGCUAAUCUCGCCUCUCUCUAUGGUGCACUUUAUGCUUUGGCAGAGUUAGGUAGCGAGACUGUAGCUGCCGUAGUUGUUCCACGUUUGGAUUUAUUGAAGAAGAGGAUUUCCAGUCUGAAUGAGGGCUUGCCGUCGACCUCUACUGUUGCCAAGAGAGUUAUACGGCUCAUUGAGAAAAUGCUGACACGCUUCGUAAGGCAUCGUAAAACACCUGGCUUAAACGAAAUGACCGAUUUCCAGAAAAGCUCGGCACAAAAACGAUAUCCACGUGUGCCACAGCUGCCAAUGCGCGCACCUGGAAUCAUUCGUCCAACUCAUGCGUCUGUAACGAAACUUCGAAUGUCCAAAUACAGUAAACGUCAUGAAGCUGGUGGAUUGUUUCGACAGUCAACGUCGACACCGAAACCAAUGCAAUCCGGCACAGACACUGCUCAACAACUGGGAGUUCCACAGGGUGGUCAACAGCAUCAAAGCAUUAUGUCACAAAAUGUCCGCGGUCCGACUAUCCAGGCGCCAGGGCCAUUGCCAGCCGUGGUGGUGGAGCCAGCAUUCCCACCGCGAAGAGUUCCUACAUCGGUGAUGGGCGAACAACCAAGAGCACAUCCAGCUGUCACGGUGGAACCUGCGUUUCCAAGAAGGCCUCAGGGUCCACGA